ACAUGACAAAGCAGUGCCUUAAUGGAGAUUUAAAUUUAAUUGUUUGAGCAAUGAUCUCAAAUCAUUUUCUAUUGCUUGUCUCAUCAUAACCUGCUCCUACACUGGAGGUAUAUAUUUUGUAAAUAAUGAUUCAUUGGAAGAUAAUGUUGCCAGAAGCAUGGUCAUAAAUGUGUUGGGGAGCAAAAUUGUAAUGGAAACUUGAUAGUCUUGCCUGGCAGUUCGCUAGUUUUAAAAAUGCAGACGCCUGUAAAGGUAGCGAUUGCUGGGAUAGUUUCUUUGGUGUUUAUUGUAUUGGUGGGGUUCAUUUUGUUGGAUCCGAUUUUGAGAUUUGGAAUUAAGGAUCAAACUUGCCUCAAGAAAAGCAACGAAGUGAGGGAUAUAUACUUGAAACUGCCAUUCCCUUUGGAUUUUAAAAUAUAUUUCUUCAACGUUACCAAUCCUGAACAAGUGCAACUUGGAGCAAUGCCCAAUGUUAAGGAAGUUGGACCAUACUGCUAUGAGUAGCGAAUAUAAAAACAAAAUCGAUGUAACAGAUAAUGACGCCGAAGACAGCUUAACGUACAGUCCAUACGAUGUCUUCAGUUUCAACCACAACAAAUCGGGUGACUUAAAAGAUAGCGACUAUGUGACGAUUCUCAAUCCCAUAAUUGUGGGUAUGGUAAACCAUGUGGCUAAAGACUCCCCGGCUCUAUUGUCCAUCGUCAAUCAAGCCAUAACAGCGAUCUUCCAGCCAUCGUCCAUCUACAUUAGCGUCCGUGUGCGUGAGAUCCUCUUCGAAGGCAUCGAAAUCAAUUGUAACGUCACAGACUUUGCAGCUAAAGCCGUUUGUGCGCAGAUGAAGUCACUGUCGGCCAUCAAGGCACAUGAUACUAAGAAGAAUACUUUUCUGUUUUCAGUAUUUGGAACGAAAAAUGCGACAGUUGGUGGUAGGAUCAAGGUAGGCAGAGGCAUUUCGAACUAUAAAGACACUGGUAGGGUUCUAGAAAUCGACGGGAAGAAGGAAAUAAAUAUUUGGUCAACAGAACUGUGCAAUCGUUUCAGAGGUACAGAUGGAUGGAUCAUCCCUCCUUUGUUAGAAGAGGGAGAGAGCGUACGCGUUUUUGGUACAGAUUUGUGUAGAAAUGUUGAAGCUCUCCCAGUAGGUACAGAUUACAUGAAGGGCGUCCACGUUAGAGUAUACGAAGCUACAAUGGGAGACAUGGAACACAACGAAGAAGAUAAAUGCUACUGUGCAACUCCUACUACUUGCAUGAAAAAGGGACUCUUUGAUCUAUCUAAAUGCAUGGGAGUUCCUAUCAUCGUCACAUUGCCACAUUUCCUAGAAACGGACCCUUAUUACUUGGAGCGGAUCAGCGGCCUGGAACCUAUACAUGAUGAACAUAUCCUCAAGAUCAUUUUGGAACCAAUGACCUCUACACCACUUAUUGCCAAGAAAAGAGCCCAGUUGAAUUUAAUGGUAGCAGCGGUGCCAAGGAUAACUAUUAUGCAAAAUAUAACUGAAGCAUUGCAUCCAAUCUUUUGGAUGGAAGAGGGCAUUGUGCUAGAGGGCCCUUUACUGAAAAAGGUCCAAUCGAUCUUCAUCGCGUUGAAGGUACUGAAGGUUUUGAACUGUGUAGGGCUACUGGCAUCACUUGUAGCAAUAGCAUAUGGAGCGUACGGCUAUUACAAGAACAGAAAGAGUAUCAGAGUCACUCCAAGUCAUGAACCAAGCAACGGAGGUAAUGAGGAAGUAACGAGAAGCACAAAUGUCCUUAUCGCCACUUUAAAUGGCAUGGAACAGAAGGGGCAUGACAAUCCAGCUCUUAGUGGCCAUGAGUUCAGCAGAUAUAACAUUUAAAAGAAAUAAAAUGAUAGGUUCUUGUAAUGCUAUUCAAAGAGAUAGUUCAAAUAAUUACGAGCACUCUAUAAAUAAAGCACAAUAUUAUUCCGAAAUGUAAAAUAGAACAUUUGAGAAGUUUGUCUGGUAAGUGGCGAACAAUGGCAUUGGGUGGCAUUUUGACAUGUGUACCACAUCACAACUACAUGAGUAUGUUUUUCUUUGAAAGAAUAUAGUUUUUUAAUACAAUCCAGUCGGCUGUGAUUUUUUUAGGGAUAACGGUAAUUAAAGGGUCCUUAGAUACAUUACCGCAGACUAGUUUCUGAUUCAUUCAGAAUGUGAGAUGUAGCUUAACAGAAUUCAAGCAAAAUUUGUCGGCCAGGCACCCUUAUACUGCACACAUAGUUCGCUAUUAUACAAAUUCUUUUGGGCUACCUUUGGAAUACUAGCUGCAGUAUUAAAAAUGAGAAAACGAUGAUAACCGAGCAAGAGAUUGUGUUUUGAAGAGCAUAAGUAUGCAUAUCCAUUUAAUUAGUGGUUUUGAGUCCUCCCAGCCUUGUUCAAAGCUACCAAGCUCUGGUAACUUUAGUACGUGAGUUUGUGAGCGUUACAAUAGAAUUUUGAAAAUGCUACAAACUGGAUGGCUUUUUGUAUGAGUGUGGGUGUGUCUUGACUCCCAAGCCGUGAUAUUUUUUGACAGGUAGUUGUGUGUAUAUUAGAUCGGUGAUUAUUCAAGGAUUCCCUACGAAUUGACUUCAAAUGAGGUUGAAAUAUCAAUUAGUUUUCUAGUAGUAGAAGUAGUUCUGUAAGAAAUGUAUCUCAUUUUAUGAACGUGUGUACAAAAUAAUUAUUGUGAUCAAUGUUUUAAAAUAGAUGGGGCGACAGAAUACCUCUUGUUGUUUGAUUCUCCAAAUUUUCACGAAAAGAAAAAUGGAAAACAAGGUCAAAGAUAUCGAUAAUAGGCAUUGACGAUACUUCACUUACCAUCAAUGGUGUUUGGAAUUUUCGUGUACUUAAAAUUUUAAAUAUUUUUCUAAUUAGUUUGCGAGAAGUAGUGAGUCGAUCUAACUGAAUAUAUUGCGUUCUUGUUCCUUGUAUUCAUUAGAAAUUUGCUAUCGCCUUAAAGAACAGCGUAAGGUAGAUUGACUCUAUACAUCGCAUGCAAUUCUUUACAAAUAGACUUCGACGUACGUGUAUUGGUAUCUUUGCUACCUACUACUUGCUAUGUUAACCCAUGUACCUUGUCGUAAGGCUAUAGUUUAGUGAAUGAGUAUCAGUGAAAAAGACUAAUAUUGAUUUAGACAAAUUAAAAUUACGAACUUUAUAUACCAGUGCUAGCAAAAUGUGGCUCCACUUUCUACUCAAAUGGUGAAAUAGCAGAUAGUGUGAACCAAGC